AUGGCUGAUACAAAACUCGAGUCCAAGAAGAAGUUUGAACAUGUUGCUUCCAAGGAAGAUGCAGAGAUAUCAGAUAUCGACGCCCGCCUGCAAGAGCUUGCCCAGGCUGCCCCUCCCUUUUACAAGAACCGAAACCUCCUCAACCUCUACCUGCGCAUCAUACCCGGCUGCUUGGUGCCUGCCAUUACCUUGGGCUUUGACAGUGCCAUGAUGAAUGGCUUGCAGGCUGUCGAGACAUGGAUCAGUUACUUUGACAACCCUUCCGGCGCUUUGCUGGGCUUGAUGACCUCAAUCAUUGCCGUCGGUGCAAUCUGUGCUACCCCUUUGAUUAGUCUUCUUGGUGAUCGGUUUGGCCGACGCUGGGGUAUCUGGUUCGGCUCGGCAGUCAUGGCUGUAGGAGGGAUCCUCCAAGGGGCUUCUGUGCACAUCUCCAUGUUUCUCAUCUCCCGCUUCCUCCUUGGGUUCGGCCUAGUCUUCGCUAACACCUACGCUCCCAUUCUGAUCGGCGAACUCGCCCAUCCAAAAGACCGCCAGGUCGCUACAUCCUUGUACCAGACAUCAUGGUACCUAGGAGCCGUGCUUGCUGCCUGGGUCACAUAUGGGACAUUCAACAUGCCGACUGAGUGGGCCUGGAGGAUUCCAUCGCUCCUGCAGACAGUCCCCGCCCUCGUCAACAUGGUCGGCAUGUUCCUUCUCCCGGAGUCGCCACGUUGGUUAAUUGCCAACGGACGCGCAGGCGAGGCAAAGGAAAUCCUAGUCAAGUACCACGCCGACGGGCGAGAGGGAGAUGCUAUGGUAGAGCUGGAAUACACCGAGAUGAAGCGCGUCAUCGAGACGGACAUGGCCACGAAGACGCCGUGGAAAGCACUUAUUGCCACUCCGGGUAAUCGGCGCAGACUACUGCUCUUGGUCAUGCUGGGCUGCUUUUCGCAGUGGUCAGGAAAUGGACUCGUCUCUUAUUACCUCGUCCGUGUCCUCGAAACCGUCGGCAUCGCCAGCCGCUCCAACCAAAGCAUCAUCAACGGCUCACUCAUGAUCUGGAAUUGGAUCUGCGCAACCGGGUCAGCCCUCCUAACCGCCCGACUCCGCCGACGCACGCAGUUCCUCAUCUCCACAGCCGGCAUGCUCGCAAUAUUCACAGCCCAAACCCUCUGCGCGGGCCUAUUCAACGAACACAACAAUAAAGGCGCCGGCAACGCCGUCAUCGCCAUGCUAUUCCUCUUCUACACCUUCUACAAUCUCGCCUACAAUGCAUUGCUGUACUCGUACCCGGUCGAAGUCCUGCCCUACCCAAUCCGCGCAAAGGGGUUCGCCAUCCUCAUGUUCUGCGGGAAGGCGUCGAAUUUCGUGAAUGUCCUUGUGAAUCCGAUUGGAUUGGAGGCGAUUGGUUGGAAAUACUACCUUGUUUACGUGGGCUGGCUGGUUGUCGAGACGGUCUGCGUCUGGUUCUUCUUCGUUGAGACCAAGGGGCCUAGCUUGGAGGCUAUUGCGGAGAGAUUCGAUAAGCCUGGAUCGGAGUCUAAACGAGAAUAA